AUGGGGUCGCGCAGCUCGGUACACGCGACGGGGCCUGCGGUCGGCACUGUCUCGGCCACGUCGGGCUUUAGCGCGCGCAUCAAGUCGAUGGGCAGCAAAAGUCGUUCGGCCAACGGCACACUCGGUGCGACGACGCCGAGAACUACUGAUGGCGCCAAGGACUGGAGCGCUCCCAUCGAGCGACCGAUUGCAAGCGCCGACGAGUACCAGCAUUACAUGCCGCCCAACAUGCCAGUGUGUCCGCAGUUCCUCUCCAUGUACCUCGCCGAGUGCAACCGGAGCUGGAAGAUCAUUUGCAAGGGCGCGAGCCCCAAGAUGCGCGAGCUCAAGAAGGACGGCAUUGUGCUCUUCUACGAUGAGUUCUUUCACCGCCUCUUUCAGCGCGACCCGAGCUUCAACCAAGUUUUUCCCGGCAUCCGCAAGCGCAUUGAAAUUCUCAUUUUGGCCAUGAAGUUCAUGCUCGCCGACAAGGACCAGAGCCGCGAGACGGUCGUGACGCGCUGCCGCAACUUGGGCCACCGCCAUCGCACGAUUCCGCUGGUCCGGCCGCACCACUUUUCCACGUACACGAGCACGAUGAUAGAAGUCAUGAUGUACUGGCUCGACACGGAGGCGACGCCCGAUGUCGGCGAAGCGUGGAGCAACCUCAUUGGCUUUCAUCUCAAGUACAUGCUGCAAGCGUACUUGCACGACAACGUCGACGACCAAGAGUGGAGUCAAAACACCUCGGUCUCCGUCGUGCGACCGCGCGUGACGGUGGAGGCCAAAGCCAAGGCCAAGGCCAAGGCCCAACAACAAAACAAAGCGGCCAAGCCCAAAACCGGCUUCUCGCUCCUCUCCAAGACACUGCGAACGGAGCGCGAAGAGAGAUAA